GCGGUGACUUGCAUUUACAACACGAUUUUAGUCGUAGUAAAAGGUCGAAAAAGAGUACAGCAGAGGCAUCUCUUGAAGUCAAGGAAAACGAUUUUCAAGGGGAUGAUGUCAAAUAACUACUCACGUCCUCCCUUUUAAGCUGACCGAUACUUUUGCUUUAAACUCAGCGCUUUGCAAACUGUGUACUAGCUGGAUGUGUACUAAAUCGAUACCAAGCGUCCAUGUCGCACUAUUUACUGAGCCUUCGGACCCGAAAUGGACCCGGUCUUGACCUGAGUGCCAAAGAUAACUGGAUUGAUGCUAUUCCACCAUCUCCCCGAAAAAAAAAACAGAUAAAAAAACACACCAACCCCACCACCCCUUCCUUGUCAUUUCAUCCCUCCUAACGGGUUCCAGUUUUAGUACAACACAUGGCGCCAUCAUUCAUACACCCCAUACCGCAUGUCCGCCAUUCUGUAUCCAUAAGUGUGUGUAUGCGAGUGUCUAUGUUGGAGAGGAUGGCUUUCGAUCAGUAAGCUAGCAAAACCUCAAAUGGUGCUUAUUGUUGUUGUACAAUCAGCAAAAUGCGCUGUAGAUUUUGUCUGUCUAGUGUGGUUAAGACGCCAAGGUAGAAUGCAAUACAUACAAGAACAAAAAUGGCCCGGAGUACCAAACCCCAAAUCGCUCCCACUGCUGCUAUCAAUGUCACCCGAAUGCUUUCACAGUACCAACUCACCUACACACAAAUACGCUCUCAAGAAAUCACACACGCACACACACACACAUACUUCACUACACACACAUACACACACAGUUGCACACGUCACCAAAAUCUCACACAAAAUGUUCACACACUUUUACUGCAAAACAAAUCACAUCCCAAAACACACCCAACACAUGCAUACGAAAUGUCAUUGUUGUUCUUUCGACGCAAAAGAAAAUGGUAUGAGUCUAAAAAACAUUAAUGCUGGAAGGUACACCCUUGAAAACUACACCCCGAAACUGUAUGUCUGUUUGUAACUGUAACUCAAGAAACAGAAAACAAAAAAAGAGAGUACUUGGAAUGAAAAGUGAAAAAAGUACUAGCAAUGUAGAAAUUACAGAGUUAAAGAAACAAAUGAAACCAUUUAAAUCGAACAAAACAAAACCAUAAAACGCAUUAUCCAUCGCUAGCCAUUUCAUUGGGUCAAACAAAACAUAAGCAGAUGAACAAAAAGCGACAAACAAACAAAAUGGGCUGUUAAAAUUGUUACAAGAAAACUUAAAUUUUACAACUAAAACAAAAGUAAAAGAAAAAACACACACACAAAUUAGUUAACAAUUGGCAGAACGUUCGUGCGAUACGUCGGUAGAAUUCGGGCAAAUGAGUGAGUGAGUGAGUAAAAAAACGGAAGAUGAUAAUGUGUUUAGAAAACAUCAUUGCAAACAAAAGAAGAAAAAAAGACAUUGAAACCAUAAAGUAGUGUACAUUUAUUGCUAGAGCUUUUUACUGCGCUGCUUUCAGUCAAACUUAGCUGAAAUUAGAUCGUCUAGCACACGUAUCUGCUUGCCGUAGUACGGUACUGCGUCCACACGAUUGACUGUUUGUUUAGUGAACAUGUUUUAUUUUAAUCUAUAAACGAUCUAUCACGAUCGGGUGUAGAAGCUUUGCUAGCAAAAAAGGGGGGGGGAAACAUUUGUAUUUUAGUGCCAUUUUACUUUUUUUGUCUUUUGGGGAGUGGUUGUAAAUGCUGUGUAUAAAAGAAACCAGAUGCGUAGCAAAAGCGAUAGGAAGAAACCCGUUGUUGUAGCGUUGUACCCAUUCAAUCAGCAAAAAAAGGAAAGAAAUAGUAAAAAGGUAGACGGCGAAACGGUAAAAUCUCGACUGAUGAGUGAUAAAGAGAUGGUAGCGAUCGCCCGACGGGAAAUCGGAGCAGCAAUCGGAGUUGCUUGAACAAAAGUGAUCAUAUUCCUCAAACAGACAAAUUGAACCACUCACCGUUUGGUAUAGUCUGUUUGAGGCACUUUGUUACGCAAAUUGUUUGUUUUACCCUUUAGUGGAACCGUUUAACUUAGAUGUCUUCAGCUUCAGUGUUAAAGCGUGGUGUAACCAGUCCCUUGGUACUUGGCCACGUUUAAGUAGCAUGGAUAGGAACGAGAGCUUCGCUUCUUAAGAACUGAGCAAAACGCGUGAUAGCAAAGCGGGCGAUAUGUUUCGAUUUAUUUGAAGUACUAGGUCCCUCGGCUGGGUUCGGAAGGGACAUCUUUGCAAUUCCUUCGCACAUAAACACUCCCCGCCACGCUGCACGGUAAUCGUGUCGUCCGAAUCGGAAAGAUAACACUAAUCUGCUAAACGAGCCCACAAAACAAGCACGACGAAUCAAUGGAAUGCUCGAACGUUAUUUCAUGCAUGGAUGCAGACUGUAUUGACUUCGUUUUGAGGCUGCUUUGCAUCACUUUGAACCGAGCUGCGUCUACGCCAGUCGACAAAUGGCAAGCACUGCUCGCUUGCAGUUUAAACCAUACGGGACAACGCACUCUGCAAUGAAAGUCUUAUGAGACGAGCGGAAAAUGAAAGAAAAUAAAAGAAGAUUAUAUACAGUCCUAUAUACAUAUAUACAUAUUUAAAAGCGAGCGAAAGAUAAAACAGAAAGCUUCAUAGAUGCAAACUAUAGGAAAGAAGACGAAGAGGCAAACUGUAGAAAGCAACAAAAGAAGAAUGAGAAAUGGAUGUGUGGAAAGCAGUGAAUGUAAAAGUACACAAACUAACUAGCAAACGCAAGCAGCACUUCGAUGGCAGUGCUGUGUAUGCCCACAGUGAACAGUGAGGCAAACGCUUCUUACGAUGUACAUAAUCGUUGAUCAUUAUUUAUACCUAUUUAUUAAUCGCUGUACAACACAACAAAUCAACUACGACAAAACCGAACACGAACGUGUGUGACAAGAAAGCGGAAAGAACGAUAGAGUAAUGUAGCAUGGUACAACCGUGCGCAAAAGCAGCAGCGCAAUCAGUGGCAAAUAAGAGACAGCUAUUUUCAGACUUUGAAAACAGAAACUUAAAACACAAAACAUGAAAAGAAAAGUGUAAAAACCCAACAUCACCACCAUAUUAUAAUUAAAUACAGAAACAUAACAAGCCACACCGAAAAUCACCGGCAAACCGGUUUGUGGUAAGAGGUGUCUCGAAAACGGUAAACCCACAACAACAACAGCACACUCGUAAUCAACACAUAUUCAAACAAGAAGUGAACCUAAAACCACCCCUAUAUUUGUAGCAUCUUCUAUAAAACCUUCCUUUUCAAAAAUGGUCAAAAAUCCCAACGGUUUAAACGUUUGCUGCUGAUUGUUGGCGUUAAGGUGUGGGAAUGGUAAGCCAAAGGAUGAAAGGAUGAAAAUUUUAAAGUAAGAUGAAAAGGACUUUGCUUUGGUAGUAAGAGAAGCAAUCAAUCUGGGCUAAGCAGAAGCCACGCAAUCCUUCAUCAUCCUUAUCAUACGUGUGCGCAAUCGUCUGGCUGUUUCCGUAUAAUCAUGCGUAUAACUAAUAUUACCCAAACGAAAGCAUCGCUCUUACUCAUACAAAGUUGCGCCAUUGCCGAGCCGUGGUGCUUUGAACCAACAGAGACAGUGUCGUAUGUUUUGUGUAUAAAACAACACUCUAUGUAGAUAAUAGAUAACAAAAAAAACAUCACUUAAAAAUUACAAACGAUAGCUAUCUCCAGAAAAAAAGGCUAAGCAGAACGAAAGAAAACAGAAUCAUUCAACAAAAACGCAUCAUACUCGUAACAAAACAUGGCAUUAAAACUAGUGAAACAAAUACACUCACACAAAACCACCUAGAAACCGAGCUGUCAUUGUUAAAUAUUCAAGAAACAAAAGAAACUCAUUCAAAACAAAUGAAAAGAACAAACAAACGCUACGUAAAAGCUAAAGUAGACAAAAACUUAUUUAAAAAACGUUUUACCGAACUGUGCGCGAAAAUGAAAAUCGAAAGUGAAAAGGGGAAACGAAGAGUAAAACGAAGCGGAAACAGAAAAAAACUGCAAGCACUCACUCACUAAACACAGACACACAAACAUAUAUAAAUAUAUUGCAUAUACUCAUGUAAAACUAUUGAUAUUAUAACAAAGAGACGGGAAAAGCUAAAUAGCAAAGAAGUGAAUACGACGAACAUAAAGCAAGAUAAACCAAGCUACCAAGUAUUUGCCCGGAUAUACAAAGCGCUUUCAUGGUAAGGGAAGGUGACGCAAGAAGCAAGUAAAACUUAGCAUUUCUCUCUUUUUUGUUUUACUGUAUUAUCAUGUUAUGUUUUUCCUUUUGGAAUAAUAGCAAUAGAUGUUUUUUUUCCAUUUUUUUAAACACUUGUGGAAGUUUUGCAAGCUCUCUCCCUCUCUCUCUUUCUCUUUUUAUCUCGGUUUCAUUUGAUAGCUCUUAUUAAAAAUGUAACAAAAUGAAGAUAAACUGCUUGUUGAUAUAAUUGUGUUUUUACGAAGGAAACACAAGAGCUUCACAUCGUACGGUAAUGGAACGAUAAAACCGAUAAAAAAAUCAUAAUUAGUAAACGCAACCGAAGUAAAAAAACGAUACAAAGCUAAAACCGAAAUGAGCUCCAGUCAAUGGUUAGAAUGCUUCAUAAAAUGUGGUCAACCAACCAGUAAGUAAUAUGCAAAACGUGUAACGAAUAAACCAACCAAAGCAGUAACAGAUGAAGCGAACGCAAACAAAUCGCUAUAAGACGGGGAAGAGAAGUAAAAACCGAUAGAACUAAAUCAGCCAGCAAAAAAAACUGUAAAAAUAAUGCAACUUUGCGUAAUGGCCAAAGUGAGUACGAUCGAAGAGGGCCACACCGGGCGGUCAUGUUUGUUAAGUUUUUCCUUCUGAUGCUAGAGACAAACAAAAUAGUAAAAAUAAAAACCCAAUACUAUAAUAAGCUAAGCCGUAGCCCGUUCGCUUAAGGUUCGCGCUGAUAAUCUGUACACCUAACCUCAACCAGGAGAGGGUCAUUUUGCGGAGCAUUCCUAAUCUUCCCCAAGCUGAACAGUGUAUAUCCUUUUUGCGACGGUGCGCGAUGCCAUGUGUUACAGGUUACAGUAGAAGAAACGACAAACCGAAACGAUGAUGCUUCUUCUGCUCUGUAAAGAUAAUAUUCUUGAUCUGCAUUUUAAGACGUGCAAAUGCUAAUCAGAUGAAGAUGAAAGUGCUAA